GUCAAAUGAAAAAAAAUAAAAAAAAUAAAACAAAAAUUUUUAAAGGAAAAAUAAAACCCGGCAACCGUUAUAAUCAGCCGUGAAGCAGUUGACUGGCAAACAAUCGGCAAAGGCAGAAGACUUAAAAACUCUGAGGAGGGUUCCAUCUUCCUACUUUCUUAAAACCCUCAAAUUAAAGUAUCGAUUUUUCUCCUUUUAAAAUGGGUAAUCAAUCAAUUGAAAAUUUGGGUUAUUCUCUGUUGAAAGAUCUUCAAUUCGAGAUAGCCGAAAAUCAAACUUCUUUGAUUUUCUGUUUCUGGGUUUACUUACCCACUUCUACUGUAUUUCCUUCAACAAUUCUUCACCAGGUUUUGUCCUUCUUCCCGAAAAGAAAAAGUAUUUUCUGGGUUUUGUUUAAUGGAUUGUUUGUUUUCCAGACGAAAUCAUAAUGUUGUAUAUUAAUGUGUUAGUUUUGUGAUUGAGAUUAUGAAACUUUCCGGUUAUGAAUGUGUUUGCGUUAUUGUAUCUUUGCUAGUUUUUGCUGCUUUGCUUCAUUAUGGAAUCUUUUUCUUAAUUUUCUCUUUCAUGGGUUGUUUGAUUUUGUUGAAAAUUUUCCUGGUAUUAAUGGGUGAAGUUGGUGUAAUUUUGUGGGAAAAGUUUUAUUGUGAUGCUUAUUCACCCUCAAUCAUCUCAUUUUUUUUACAAAAUUCACUUCAAUAGCUAACCAUUUGGAUAGGUGGUAGUGAAAAAUCUUGAAAAAACAUUUUUUUUUUGAUCAAAACCAAUCACAUGUGAAUGACAUGGUACCUUUCAUGAAAGUUUACUCCAUUUAGUACAACCACCAAACGGGCGGAUAGGUGAAAUGGAGGUGUUGGAAUGGAAGGGUAGUGGAAAAUUGAUUUCCAUGCAUGUUUACAAAAUGGACUCUGAAAAACCUCUUCUUUCCCUUAAUGGAGAUAAACGGUUAAUGCUUUCGCCUUCUGUUAUUUUGCAAAACAAAUCUUCUGGCCCAGGGAGCAUUGAUUCAUCUACAGAAGGUCUGUGUGCGAUUUCGAAUGUUGAGCUUCCUCUAGGACGAUGGACUCAUAUCGGUUGUGCGGUGUGCAGCGACAUUAUAAGUAUACAUCUUGAUGGAAAGGUUGUGGGUGAAAGGCCUCUGGAUUUAUUAGUGGUGAAAGUAACUGACUUUACUUUAUCUGCUACGUCCAAAGGAUUUAAGGGCCUUGAUGGCUAUGUCCACAAUGCAGCUGUUUUGCCAUCUUCAUCAUCUAUCAAGGAGCACCACGUGAAGGAUCCUCCUUUGUGGUUGUCUAUUGAUAGUUUAUCUGCUCCUAAUAUCCAACCAGAAGAUGGUGAAAUUUGGAAAAUUGUUGGCGGCAAGGAAUCUUGCCGUAAAAUGUUUUCGUUGGAUGCCUUACUCUUAGAUGCCUUUGGUGAGCCUGUGGACAAGGAAUUGGAGGUUGUUGCAUCACUGAUCUAUGCUGAUGAUCACACCCCUGUUGAGAAAUCAAUCAACAAUGAAGCUCCGCUUUUAACAACUUGCAACGGAAUUGAUUUUCCUUCUAAUUAUAAACCCAACAAAUUACAACAAGGGCGUGCAUCUUUUCAACUGAGCAUAACUCGGCUGUCAUCCGAAUGUGACAAUAAACUGUUCUGUGUUAAGUUUAAUGUCCUAAAUGUGGGCUGUUCUCCUUUUCUUGAGGCAUAUACUCCACCAAUUCGUUGCAUUGUAAGGACAUCUGAUACCAAGAAAUCUACUAUUUCAUGGAAAAAAUUGCCAUCAGGCGUUCAUCUCGUUAAUGGAUCCAGCUUGCCUCAAUUUAGUGUUGGGCACCCAGAGCUGAUUCAAAAGGCUGUAGGUGAAGCAAUUACAACUCCUCCUUUAAAGAGAAAGAAAGUAGGACAAGAUACUCCGUUGCCAGUCAGUAAGGUUGAGCCUUCCGAGCAAGCACCUGAUGAAGAAUGCAGUUCAUAUGCUGUGUCUGCUACUGCUACUGCUACUGCUACUAAGGCGCAAAAUGCAGUAAAAACCAGUUUGGAAAGUAUCCAAGAAAACUAUGGAGGCUUAGAUAACUCCGCAUCUGAUUCAGAAAGUGUUGGCGUGAGAACUUUGGAGUUGAAGAACAUUUCUUCCAAUACCGAAUUUGAUUCAGAUUUGACAAUCUUUAGAUAUUGCCUUGGAGGCUUCUCUGAAAGGUCACUCAUGCUUAAGGAGAUCUGUUCGUAUGCUUCUGAGAAAGACAUGGAAGUGAUGGCAGAAAAGGUUUCAUUUUUUUCCGGUUGCUCCCACCAUAGGUAUCAAAUUAUGAUUGCAAAAAAAUUGCUUGAGGAAGGAGAAAAAGCUUGGAAUUUGAUUUCACAAAAUAGUAAUAGAGUUCAGUGGGAUAAUGCUGUCUUCGGGAUAGAAGAGCAAUUCAUGAGGAUUGCUUGCUGCAGUUCUAGAUCUUUAACUCAACAGGACUUUAACUUUUUGAGGAAAAUUUCUGGAGGCCAUGAGUAUCUCGUCAAGGAUGAUUUUGAUAAAAUGUGGCAUUGGUUAUAUCCUGUAGCACAUACCAUAUCAAGAAACGGGAUCAAUGCAUUGUGGUCAUCUGUAUCACCUAUGUGGAUUGAGGGAUUUGUUACAAAGGAAGAAGUGGAGUAUGCUCUUCAGAAUCCUCUUGGAAUUCAAGAACCUGGAACGUUCAUCUUGCGGUUUCCAACUACUAGAAGCUGGCCUCAUCCGGAUGCUGGCAGUUUAGUUGCAUCCUAUGUCUGCAAAGAUUUCUCUUUGCGACACCGACAACUAUCUUUGGACUACAGCGCUGGCAUUUUUGAUAAAAAUCAGAAGCCAGUUCAGGAAUUGCUUUUAUCUGAACCCGAGCUUUCUCGAGUAGGAAGGAUAGCGAGGAGUCAUUUGACUAUAUAAGUUGCUGUAAAAUGUGUAUACGUAUACCGGGUUUAAAGACUUAGGUCCUCUGAAAUCGAGUGCGCUUACUUAGCCGGAAAAAGAAGGGUUCUUUAAUGCCAUCUCAUCACACAAUGGAAGAAGAAGGCUCUUUGACGGAAAUUCUUAUGAUGCUUUGUAAAUUAUGUCAGGCGCCUUUGUUAAUAAAAAAAUCAUGGAGGAAGCAUUAUUUCUGUUUUAUUAAAAUAUUGCCGGUAAAGAGUUCUUUUAAUAGUUAUUUUAUAUCUGUGUAGUUAGUAAAUGGCUAUUGGCUAGAUUUAUCCAUUGUUUUGACUAAUUAAAAGUAUUGUCCCAAGCCAACCUUUUCUGUUAUUAGUUAUGACUCUCACUUGAUAAACAAUUUUGUGACUUGCCCAAAAUUAACUAAAUAAACUAAUUAAACGUCAUUUAUCCAACUUCCAAUGGUAGCUCAAUUUUGUUUAGAAUUCCACGUAUUUUUAUAAUUAACUUUAAUGGAAAUCAAUCAACUACAGAAGUUACAUUUUAAUUUGAAGGUACAACAAGAAAGUUUAAAUUGUCGAAAACUUCUAAAUUGUGUUACCAAAUAUUUCUCCCAAAAAUUAAGAAACAAUAGGCAACAAAUCAAAAAUUAAGAAAGUAGCGAAACAUUGAAAUUG